CCUUGGUAGGAUCGCUCUGUCCACUACCAGGGCUACCCUGAGAUUGUUUAUCGCGUAUUUAUAUUCGUCCAGACGUUUCUUCUUGCAGUCUGCGUUUAACUUUUGAAGAGAAUUAACCAGUAAAACGUGCCGGUCGCCACCAUGCGUAUAUUAGUAAGAAGUUUCGGGUUGGUGGUUCUUGCACUAAUAACAAUGUCAGAAGCAGUGGAAGAUGUUGAAGCACUGCGAUCCGUUUGGUCGAGUGUAGAUCAAUUUAGUUCUCCGUUUUUCCAGACUGCGCAAGAAUUUAUUCCUGGCAACCUUAUAUUGUCCCCUGUAGGUAUAAAUAUUGAUCUUGCUAUGAUUUCUCUUGGAGCUCGUGGAAACACAGAAGCCCAGUUUAGAAAUGUACUUCAUCUGCCAACUUCAGAGAGUCUUGUCACAUCUGGUUAUCAGUCACUUAUUGAUAAUCUCAAUAGUAUUAAAGACAAUAAACUGGCUGUUGCAAAUAAAGCCUUCAUGGCAUCAGGUUUAAAUUUGAAACCAAGUUACAAAAAUUUAACAGAAGUUUACUUCCGCUCUUCUCUUCAAAAGGUAAACUUUGAUCGAGAAAGGGAAACUGCGGAUAUUAUUAAUAGUUGGGUCGAAGAAAAUACAAAUCAUCUCGUUAAAGAGGUUGUAACUGCCGGUAAGUUAAAUGCCAGGACUCGAUUAGUACUUGUCAAUGCAAUGUAUUUUAAAGGCCAAUGGAAAGAUAAGUUCGACCCUGAGUUGACGAAAGAUAUGCAAUUUCACACUAAAGAUGGACCAAAAUCUGCUUCUAUAAUGAAGAGAGAAGGUAAAUACAAAUAUGGAAACGUUCCAGAUUUAAAUGCUAGAUUCGUUGUAAUACCAUACAAGGUUGACGAAUUGAGUAUGGUCAUAAUUCUGCCAAACAAAGGAAUUAAUUCAGACGAAUACAUACGAAAUAUAAAUUUAACGAACAUUCUAAGUAAUGGAGAAAAGCAAAUAAUAACAUUAUAUUUACCAAAGUUCAAGGUGGAAAGUAUUCUGGACCUUGGUGAUAUCUUACCAGAGAUGGGUUUGUCCGAUGCAUUUAGUUCUCAUGCUGAUUUUUCUGGAAUUGCUGAUGGUAACUUGGAUCUCAGUAAUGUUAUACAAAAGGCAUACAUUGAAGUUGAUGAAAAGGGAAAUACAGUCAGCAGUAGUAAUUCUGAUGAUGUAGAAGCUGUUUCAAGAGACUCUAUUAUGAAGUUCAGCGACAGCGUAAAUACGCAGUUCAGAAUUAAUAGGCCAUUCUAUUAUUAUGUCAUAAAAACUAUGGAAGAUGCAGUAGGUCAUGAUAUUCAUCUACAAUUGUUCUGUGGUUUUGUUAGCGAACCCAAAUUCUGAGAGAAGUAGUGCCGUAAUAGUAAUAUCAUAGUAAUGUGAUAAUUUAUUCAUGUGCUCCGUAGUUAUAAGCAUUCUAAUAAUACCUUGUCUCACAAUAAAUGCAUUGCAUUCACCUUAAA